ACAUCUUCGGCGGGUUGCUUAAGACCAUUCGGCUUUAGACUCUAUAUGCAUUGCUAAGAGUUCUGGUGUCAUCAACACUUUAUUGUAUCCCGCUAGUUGAAAUGCCUGACAGCAAUGUUGCUAACGGAGUCGUUUUGUCUAAUAAACCAGACAAGUUUAUUGACAAAAUUGGUCAGUUAGUUUGCAUCCAUCUAGCUUGUUUUAGAUCCUGAGGAUCCAGAGUAUCAGAAAAGUUUAAUGCGCCCUGCUUGUAUAAAAGAAGAUGUAAACUUGAUGAUUCAACGACAGCGUGUGUCCGGCAUACUGAAGUCGGAUGCAUUUCGACGAGAACUGGAAGAGGUUAUUCGUUCUCAGUGUCAAUCUGGUGACUAUCCUGGUAUGAACACUAGUCUUUUGUCCCUGCAACACAUAUCGGAUUUAUUCACCUCUGCCCCUUCUGGAAAACCUCUUGGUGGGGGUGGGUUUUCGAGAGGUCAUCGUAAUGGUGUUAUUCCGAUAAAUGACUUGCGUGGUGGUGACGCGACUGUUUAUUCUCGACGUGAACGUUCUCUCCGUUGCAAACUGGCCUCGGUAUAUCGCUUAAUAGAUCUAUUCGGAUGGAAUUCGAGUAUAUACAAUCAUGUGACUGUGUGUGUUAGUCGCAAUCAUGAGCACUAUUUGGUUAAUCCUUUCGGACUGCUUUAUCAUGAGAUUACUGCUUCGUCUCUCAUCAAGGUCGAUUCCAAAGGCCAGAUACUUGAUCCAGGAUCUACCAUUUUAGGUGUAAAUCAAGUAACCUGGGCCUUACAUUCGGCUGUUCAUUCUGCUCGAGCUGAUAUCCGAUGCAUUAUACACUUGGAUACCCCUUCCACUGUUGCUAUAUCUUGUAUGAAAUCGGGUUUGUUGCCUCUUUGUAAUGAAGCAAUGAUUUUGGGCGAAGUGGCUUAUUAUACUCCUAGCGGUGGAUUAAGCUGUAGAACCAACGCUGACGCUAACGGAGAUUUUGGUGAUAUCAAAGAUUGGGCAGCUGAAUGUGCAACAGUCAGUGAAGCUUUAGGUCCAACUGCUCGUAUAUUGUUUCUACGAAGUCUUGGAUUACUUGCCUUAGGUGAAACGAUCGAGGAGGCAUGGCAUUAUGCAACUAAUGCAAUAGUUGCAUGUGAUACUCAGCUCUUAUUGGCCUCAGUCAGUGCUGAAAAUCUCAUUCUCCCUACAGACAAACUAAAGCAAAAAACUUAUGAAACGUGGCGUACGGCUGGAUUAGGCGGUCUUAGUGGUCCAGAAGCUGCACUAGCUAUAAGACUAUCUUCGCCUAAUAAAUCUGGUACUAGUGAAACAGGACAACAUUCAGUAACAAAUGGUUUCAUCCCAGAUGGUUCGAAUGUGGAAAGUAAUUUGGCCAGACCAUGGCGUUUAGGUGAACUUGAAUUCGAAGCUAUGAUGCGUCAUUUAGAUAACGCCGGUUGCCGUACAGGUCAUCUUUAUCGGCAGGAGGCUAUGGCGAGCCCACAUCGAUCACGAAAAAGUAAGAUAGUAAAUGGACACGGUGGAGCUGGUUGUCAGGACGACGAUAUACAAGUUCCACCUUCUGCUUCGUCUGUAACUGCUACAAUGGCUUAUUAUUAUGAUGAUGGAGUUCUUUCAGGUGAUGAAACGGAAACACCUAGACCAUCAACUCUUAGGCGCGAGUUUUCGGAGAAACAAUGGUUUAACACACCAAACAAAUACACUAAAGAAGUAAUUGAACCUGCUCCAGGCCAUCAACCAGUUCCACAUUGGGUUUGUGAACGUGAAGCAGCUGUUCAUAAUGCUGUUUGUAAUGGUGCUCUACCUCCUCCGGCACCAUUUCAUCCUUUAACUCAUGGAGCAGUACCACUUGGUUCAACUGGUGGACCGGCAACUGGGACUUCGUCAGUCAUGUCACCCUACAAUGUAUUUGCUCCUCAAGGUUCUAAUCCAAAAGAAUAUCGAGAACAGCAAAAGAAAGUCAAGGCGAAGUAUUACCAUGACACAAAUACUGCUGGACCUCAAUCUCGACUGUUGGAUGGUCUCACAUGGGAUGAAGCUCGACGAGUUCGUGACGAAGGUUUGGUCAAAGUAUUAGGUCCAAGAGCUGCUGCUUUAGUGGCAGGUGGUGUUACUAGCGAAAUGCCUGUAGCUGCGGCUAGUAAAGCAAUUAUCCAACGUGAUAUACGAAAUGCAGCAGUGAUAUAUGACGGUCUUUAUUCUCAUCAAAAUCCAUUCGAAAAAAUUACCGAUGAAGAAUUAGAGAUGUAUCGACGUGAAAUUGAACUUAAAAAUAAUCCUGAUUUAGUUGCCGAGAUGGAUCACCUUACCGGACAAAAUGCAUCUUUCGAAGCUCCAAGUUCUACUGCACAUCUUAUAGAUUCGUUAGCUGUCGAUAGCGGUGCUACGGAUCUGGAAAGUGCCAGCGAACUUGGUCCAACUAUUCAUUCAUUAUCUGAAUUAUCACCGUCUGUACAUAAUGCAAGAGUUGGAGAAAUUCGUCAUUCAGAGACGUACCCGAUCGACAGUCCGGUUACUGGUUGGUUAAAAAAUCGAUACAAUAAUUUGUUGUUUUUUCAAUUUAGUGCUUUGCCAUUUUCGUAUAUGUUACUAAUAUCACUGUUAUUGUUAUUGUAAAUAUUGUUGGUUAUUGAAAUCCCUUUACUUAAUUUUCACACUGGAUAUCACCUAUCUCCAUUUUUGUUACAGGUCGCUUAGCACCACCACCUACGACAGGGACACUGACAUCAGAACCGAGUGGAACUGAAGAUAUGAGUGAAAAUGAUGGUAAACAUAAAAAGAAAAAACGACGUUUCAAACUCCCUUCAUUCUCUUUAAAACCUAAAGACAAAUCAAAGAGUAAAUGAUAAGCUGUAUCGUUUGAGUAUGAAUAACUACCAGCUCAUUUGCAUUACGGUCCACAGUUUCGCAUCAUAUCGUCGUCAACCCUAGAAGAUAUAGAUAAAUAUAAUUAGUAAUUUCGCUUACAUUCUGCACACACAUCUGAGAAAUCAUUCCUCUAUUGUUUCUAAAAACUUAACAGAACAUCUUUAAAGUGUGAUGCAAGUGUGGCUGUGCCUUAAACUUCCGAAUGAUUAUGCAAAUCCUUCAACCUUAAAGGGAUGAUGACUAGGGGACUAUUUUGAUUUUAAAAGAUGUGUGUAAUAACUAUUGUUAACUUGUAAUUACAAGCACGCAAUAGUUGGGUUUAUUUAGUUUAUUAUGAUUAUCUUUCUCUUUCCGAUUGCGUUUCUCCUUUAUUUUUCUUCACAUCUUCCCUACAUCACAUGGAAGUUUCACAAGGUAGUAGAAUAGACGAUGAAAAGCAGUGCUUUUGUAUUGGUUCUUUUUCUGAAUUUGUUUGUUCGUUGAUACUAUUAUUAUUUCGGCUAAUUAAUAUGCUUCGCUUUCCCUUGAGAAAAUUACACAAUGUUUUGUUUAGGAUAUUCGAUUUUGGAAGUAAUGUAUUACUAGAAGAUCACUUCCCUUUCCUCCUGCUGUUCUGAUUUAUUCCCACUUCCUGCUUACUAAAAUUCUAUUAAUUUUUAAAAUUAUAUGUAAAGUAUUAUUCUCUUAAUUUUUGAUUAUAUUUAAUGUUGUCACCAUACACUUCCUGUUUCUCAUAUUUUCUUAAUUCCUGCACUGUACUACUCCGUUCAUAUUUUCAUAUACAUAUAUCUGUCAGUGAGUCGGUAAUUACAGUUACUUGUUUUUUCACUUCAUAUGAAUCAAACGAAAAUCUUAAAUGUUUUUAUAGCCUUUGUGUUUCGGUGUUUACAUUUGGGGACUCAACUGUUUAUGUUCCUAAAAAUUGACUUAUAUGCUUCCUACUAGCCAUCAAUGUCUUUUGCCUUACGUUAUUCAAUAUUGUUUUCUUUCCGCGUCAUUUUGUUUUACCUGUAUAGUUGUUAAUUAUUGUCAAGUUCACAUGUUUUUACCCUUGCCACUUAGUUCGUUACACAUAAUUUUAUGCUUCUUAAGUAAAUGUUCCAUUUAAUAAAUCAUAUUACAUAAAUAAGCUUUUGAAUAAUCAUCCCUUUCUUAUCUGCUCUUAUGCUUAACCUGAAAUCCUGAUUUUCACUUCUUUAUUUUUCGUUUUAAUUUUACGCCAAAUUAUUUUGCGGUUCUUUAACCCUUUAAACCUGAGACCAUGAAAUUGUCCCACUAAUAUACAUAUAUUUGAUGAGUAAUAAGGUUUUCUGUUUUUACCAUCUUCCUAAAUAUCGGUCAGUAGUAGGUGUUGGUCACUUUCAUUACUUACAUUAGUUUUUUUCUCCCAUAGCUUUCUAGUCAGUCACUCGAUAAUUACAAGUUGUAGUAAAUACUAUUUCAUUCGUCUAAGUUAGUUUUUAGUUAUAUUCAUUUCUAUUUGCUGUAGAAUUCUCCACGAAACCCUCGUUUUACUGUUGUUUUCUUUUUAACACGUAGCCCAUGAAUAAGUGUCAACUUUUACACCUACUAACAGUUUUUGACAAUUCCUGCUUUUUUAGUUCCACUCUUAUUUCGCACACUUGUUGAUAAGUAUUGAAGUGGAGAGGAACUUGGUUAAUUCUAAAGUUCUGCACUUAUUCUGUCAUGCAGCUAUUACUUAUCGUUCACGUUGAGAUAUUUUUUUCAGUAAUCAGAUAGUUUUUGUAGCAACUACUAACAUAGAAAAUCUGGUCGCUGGUUUUAGUACACAGACUUCUUGAAAUCUGUUAUUGACAAUUUGCAUUGGAGAGAUUUGUUGCUAAGUGAACGGAAUAUACCCAUUUAAACAAAAUUGAUUCAGCGAAGAGUUCUCUUUUCGUCGAAUUCAUUUUCAAUGUUGUGCGAUCGCAAAUAUAUACUUAAUUUUCGAAAUGAUAAUAAUUACAGCGAUAGUGAUAACAGAAUCCUGCUAAACACGGUAACAGUAAGGUAGAAUAAAUAAAGACAUAAAAAUGUUAUUUUUACUAAAGAAGCUAAUUAUAAUUUUGUUACUGAGGGGUUUAAUGUUCAUCAUGAAGAUAGAUUAGUAAAUUAAAAUUAGUUAGGGAAGUCUCAGCGUUCUACGAUGAAAGAUUGUUAUCAUGUUUAGCGGAAUUUUAUUAUCACCAUUAUUGUAAUUAUUAUCAUUCGUAAAUACCGUAGUUUAUCCGCUGAGAGUCCAUAAUAGCUUCUAUCCUCGGUCAUAGUAAAUAAACUCUAAGUAUGUGUACAUCUUUUUUCUAGAAACUCGACCAUCUAUAU